GAGUAGAUCUAGAGAGGAAGACAUAUUGCGCCUCUUGUUCUAGUGGCCCGGCAAGGAUACGCGGCUCCCUGGGGAUGGUUGGAGCUCAGCUGCACCUGUGGUAGAAGCAUCUCGUCUCCGAUAUCGGCUACUCUGAAACCGACCCACGCCAAAGGUCCUUCCUGUUCGCGUGGACUCUCGCGGGGUGUGACGGCAGCAGUCGUGCCUCGCUUGAGGCAGUAAUUGUGGAGAGCGCCGCACAGCGGCAGCAGCAGCGACGCCACCAACAACGGCUACGACAGCAACACCAAGAUGGCGCGCACGACGACCCGGAGCGGGCGUCGGGAGAUGAACCCGACGGACGCCUACCGGAAGCUGCAGCGCAAGAAGGAGGUUCAGAAGAACAAGAAGGAGAGGAAGAAGGUCCGGGAGUUCUCGGCGAUGGUUCGGAACCCGGAUCUCAUGGUGGAGGAGGUGCAAAGGAUGGAGGUGCUAGACGCCGCGGGCAAGCUCAGCGAAAACGACGUCAAGCGGCUGGCCAACCUCCGCGUGACCCACCGGGUUCUGCUCAAGAAGAAGAAGGCUCAGGAAGAAGCUGUCAGGAAACAAACGGAGGAAGAGGCGGCGGAAGAGAUGCGGAUGGACGAGGAGGACGCAAGAGGGGCCAGUUCCCGUGGUGACAACGACGAGGAUGACGAGGGGAGGCUUCCCCCCCCCCCUCCCCCUCCGCCGCCGCCUCCGCCGGGCCCCCCCCCGUCGCUUUCGGAGGGUAAGGGGCGCGGGGGGGCGGGACGGAGCGGUCCGGUCGAUCCCCUGGACCCGGAAGCCGCCGGGUACACGGAGCGCCCGUAUAACCUGAACAAGCAGGGAGGGCCGCAGCAGAGAGGGGGCGCGCAGGCUGCUGCUUUCGGCCCUUCGCAGGGGCCAGCACCGCAACCUGGAGGCGGCGGCGGCGGCGCAAGUGCAGGCCCGGGACCGGCGUCGGGAGCCGCAGGGUCCGGAACCCUUGGUCCCGUCCAGGGACCCUCUCGCCCCGCGCCAAAACCGGCCGUUUCAGAAGACCUCCUUCGCAUGAAGCCCGUCCACCUCCGCGUGCAGAGGCCGGGGGGAGUCAGCCGCGCCGCCGGUGGGGGGGGUAGCGGAGGCGCCGCGCCCGGUCGGGCGAGGGGGGCGGGGGCGGCGGGAGCGGUGUCGGUGCCGCGGCCGGCCGGGGCGGCGUUUUUGACCCCCCGCGGGGCUCGACCGCGGCCUGGUGCUGGUGCCGGCAGGACGGCCGCAAUGAUGUCAGCCUCCUCGUCGUUGCCUCGCCCCUCCGGCGCGACGUUUUUGAAGCCGGCCGCCCCGAAACCCGCGGCGGGAGCGGCGGCGACGGCGGCGGCACCGGCCGCCCGGAGCGGAGGAGCCAGCGGUGGUGGCGGCGGGGAGAAGAAGGCCGGUGUUAACCAGGAGUAUGACAGCUUCAUGGAGGAGAUGAAGGGCCUAGGAGCUUUCUGAAAAUCGAUCAGAUGAAAGAGGGCCUAGGAGAUUUCUGGAAUCGGUUAGAUGAACUUGGGCCUAGGGAUAGUAUAUGUCUGAAAAGCCAUCACUGCUGAGCGGGCGCGGGCUCGGGGCUGAGCUACUGGUGCUGGUGCUGGUGCUGGUGCUGGUACUUCCGUCGGUGGUUCUGGAGGCUCCCGGCGUGACCGCGAAGGGGCCUCGCGGAGAACGUCCUGGUCGGGAGAUUGGCACGCAUUUCGCACUAGAGGAUGGCAAGCAACGGGGGUUGUUUGCCCUCACACCUGUCUCCCAAGUCGUUCGUGCUGUGCGGUUGCGGUUGGGCCGCGUCCGGUUCCCCCCUUUGCCACUGCGCCAGCGGCUGCUGUUGCGUCCACCUAGCAGUUGGCUGUUUCGUCCACCGGGCAGUUGGUGCCUCCAUCAGGUGGUGGUGAAAGUCUUGAUGAAGAACGACGCCGCCUGGUGGUUGGGUAGGCUCGGAGAAAAAGGGUGUCGUGGAUGCUGACGCGGGACGGGAUCGCGUGUGCACACGGUGGAGGAAUUGCCAACCAAGCCAAUUGAGAUGGUGUGGGAACUUUCUUCCGAUCUCCUGAGAGAAGGGGGGGGGGGAGAGAACCUUCGUGCUGGUGUGGGAGAUUUCUUCUGAUGACCUGAGAGAGGGGGGGAGAGAGCGUUCGUGUUGACGUGGGAGCUUUCGUUCUGAUCAGAUGAGAGAGAGAGGGGGGGAGAGAACCUUCGCCCUGGUGUGGGAGCUUCUGUUCUGAUCGCCUGAGGGAGAGAGGGGGGGAGAGAAAAUUCGUACGGCCGGAAACGCUGUCUUCUCUGUUGCAUAGACCAUGCUUGUUUGUGGAAGCUUGAGUCGAAGAGAUCAAUGUCACUCAUGGGUUGUUCAGACGUUGGCAAUGUUAAGAGUGUCACCCACACACACACACCCUCGUGGCCAUGAUGAGUGAGACUGACACCUUUUCAUUGGCCAUCCGGAUAGCGCCGUCGAUUCCUACGGGUGCUCGCAGAAUCGACAGCCUUCCAAUGGGACCUUAGGGGCAGGGUCUUGUGAGUCACAACGCGUGGUCGCUGAUCGGGUCGUCGUAUUUAGACGACAUAUGGGAGCCCGGAACUCGCCUCCUUAUCGGUAGCCGCCGCGGAGAAUUCGCUCUUCGUCGCCAAGUUUUCGUGACGUCACCAAAGGACUUGUACUGUACCCUUUGAAAGAAUCCCUCAAAGGAUGAAUGCGUUGACGCCUUGACAAGGAAUACAGAACGCGCCCGCACUUAAGAAGCUCUAUUAUUGUUUCGGCCGAGACUUGGCAUGUUAGUUCUUAAUAUAGGGUCAUGCUACGAUUGUCGCUAAUAUUUUCUAGGUUAUUGUGUAGGGGUUCUCAACCGAGCUCACAAAUGGUGGUCAAGUUCUUAAAUUUUUUUUGGGGGCUUCAUUUCUUAACUCCUGAGUGUUGGCGCAUUCUGUUUCACGGAUAAUGGUCGGCCCGCCCUUGUUUUUUCCGCCC